AGACAUAUACAUAUAUGAAAAGAAUAAUAGACAGUUUCCUAUAUAGUUUUUGAGAGUUACAAUUAAUAGUCUUGACAUCAACUCCCUAAUGUCUCUAGCAUUCAACUUUAAACAAGUUUUUCCAUUAAAAAGUCGAAGAUUACUCAAGAAGUCCUUCAUUCGUGUAUCUGUAGAUAUAUUGUCUGAACUAUUUCUUGAUAAUAUAAAUUAUGUAUUUCAUGCUAUAUUCUUUUAUCUAUUUGUUGAAUUCUGGUUAAAUGACUGCCUUUGUAAUAGUGCAAGUAUGUUUAACACCUUUUCUUUUUUUCUUUUUUUUUUCCCUCCUCAAUAAACUAGGACAACACAAGAUAUUCUGAUAAUUUAUUUGUUAUAUAUGCCUUUUGUCUACUACUCAUGAUUUAUAAAUUAAUUCAUUAUACAUUUACAUUUUCUCUCUCUCUCUCUUUUUGUUUUUUUUUCCUUUAUAUCUAGAAAUAC